CUAUUGACAGGUAAAGACGUUGGGGGAAAUAUUGCCAACGUCCCCUCUACAUGAGCAUUAGAUCAGAUGAACUGGAUGUGUAUCAGCUGUGGAAACUUUGAAUAAGUGGACGUUCAUCUUCCUUCUCCAGAGCGAAUUUCUUCCAGGCUUUAGUUGGUCUGUGGGGCGUGUGUUUUGAGAGGCUAGAUCCAGCGGAGGAAGCUAUAAUGUCUAUUCACUUGUAUGAAUUGAGCAGUAAACUGCUCAGGGACACUGUUGGGAAAAUGAGCGACAACCUGACAUCCGUGGUGCUGGCAGCUUCUGUCAUCACUCUUACUCUGGGAUAUAUGUCUAAAGUGCUGCUCAAACAGUCCUCUGACAGUGAUCUGAAAUACCCACCUUACAUACCCUCCAGCAUCCCCUUCCUGGGUCAUGCCAUUGCAUUUGGGAAAAGCCCCAUUGAAUUUCUUGAAAAUGCUUAUGAAAAAUACGGCCCUGUGUUCAGUUUCACCAUGGUGGGGAGUACAUUCACCUACCUGCUGGGCAGCGAAGCCGCCACGCUGAUGUUCAACAGCAAGAAUGAGGACCUGAAUGCCGAGGACGUCUACUCCAGACUGACCACUCCAGUGUUUGGCAAAGGAGUAGCCUAUGAUGUGCCGAACCCUAUCUUUUUGGAACAAAAGAAGAUGUUAAAGACCGGACUAAACAUUGCUCAUUUUAAGCAACACGUGAAAAUCAUCGAGGCAGAGACCAUUGAGUAUUUUCAGAGAUGGGGAGACAGUGGGGAGAGAAACCUGUUUGAGGCUCUGUCUGAGCUGAUCAUCCUGACAGCCAGCAGCUGCCUACAUGGGAAGGAGAUCCGCAGCAUGCUGAAUGAGCGAGUGGCCCAGCUCUAUGCCGACCUGGACGGGGGAUUCAGCCACGCUGCCUGGCUCCUGCCCGGCUGGCUGCCCCUGCCCAGCUUCAGGAAAAGGGACAGAGCUCACACAGAGAUCAAGAACAUCUUCUUCAAAGUGAUUCAGAAGCGCAGACAAUCUGGAGAGAAAGUGGACGACAUCUUGCAGACCCUCAUCGAUGCCACGUACAAAGACGGACGAGCCCUGAACGAUAACGAGAUCGCGGGGAUGCUGAUUGGUCUCCUGCUGGCGGGUCAGCACACGUCCUCCACCACCAGCGCCUGGAUGGGUUUCUUCCUGGCCAGAGACAGAGCUCUGCAGGAGCGCUGCUACGCCGAGCAGAGGGCUGCAUGUGGAGAAGACCUACCGCCACUCGACUUUGAUCAGCUGAAGGAUCUCAGCUUGUUGGAGCGCUGUUUGAAGGAGACCUUGCGUCUCCGCCCACCCAUCAUGACCAUGAUGAGGAUGGCUCGCUCUCCUCAGACUGCAGCAGGAUACACCAUCCCUGUGGGCCACCAGGUCUGCGUCUCCCCGACUGUCAACCAGCGUCUGCAGGACACCUGGGCCGAGAGGAUGGAGUUCAACCCUGACCGCUACCUCAACGACAACCCCGCUGCAGGGGAGAAGUUUGCCUACGUGCCGUUUGGAGCUGGCCGUCACCGCUGCAUCGGGGAGAACUUUGCCUACGUCCAGAUCAAAACCAUCUGGUCCACUUUACUGCGCAUGUACGACUUUGAGCUGGUGGACGGAUAUUUCCCCACAAUCAACUACACCACAAUGAUUCACACCCCUCACAACCCCGUCAUCAGAUACAAGAGGAGAGAACAGUGAGAGGCAUGGAGCAAAGACACAAAGUAACAGUCCAACAUCCUGACGGUUUGAAGUGAAGCUGUAACUUCCGGGGACUUAUUUAGGAACGUUUAGAUGAACGCACUUUGCUCUGCCUGAAUGUCCAACCAUUUAGUUUGUGUGCUUGUUUCAGCCCUUCCCUCCCCCCCUGAAUGUCAACAGUAAUACAUGCAUUUUUUAAUCUUGCGUUUCCCGAGAUGAUUACACGGACUGUAUGACUGAGUUGAAAACCGAUGCUAAUAUUCACAAUGUGAAUUCUUAAAAAAAAAUAAAAUAGAAAUGAUCAGUGACGCA